AUGCAACAAAAUCUUUCAAAUUAGCUUGUUAUUAUUCCUAGAGAACUCGUCUACGCUGAUGUGCAGCCUCAUUCUACGUAGGAGUAGUCAUUUAUUAUUAAAAACAAGCAAGCCAACCAACACUUUGAAUUAUUCUUUGACAAUUAUGAUCCUUAAAAAUAUGAAAUGAUUCCAAACAGAAUGCAAUUAAAACCCUAUCAAGAUCAACUCGUUGUAGUUAAAAUUAACGUCGACUAAAUCAACUCUAAUUUCUCAUUAAAAGAUCAAAUAUUAAUCAAAGAUGCUAACUCUAAUCAAUCUAUUCCUAUAACUAUUACUCUGCUCCCUGCAUCUUAAUUGUCUCACUUAAGUCCACACCAUUCUCCAAAUCAAUUUGAUGAAUACGAAUUAAAAGAGAAAUACUGGUAGGAAUACUAUGAUAGAAAGGUAAAUGAAAGCAAGUUGUUGAGUGAGAGAGUCGAAGAUUACAGAAAUAUUGAAGAGGAAAUUAUUAAGCUAAAUGAAGAGCAUCAAAGACAACUAGAUGAGAAAGAUGAAGAAAUAAGAGAGCUGACAAAUGAGUUACACUAAAGCUAAUAAUAAACAUAGCUUUAUAGAUAAUAGUUAGAAGACCUUCAAACUGAUUUUAACAAUUUUAAGAAUAGAAAAGAAGCAGAAUUAAGACAAUAUGAAAACACGUUAGAAAGUGAGUAAAAUAGGUACAACACCAGACUUUAAGCUUAAGAAAUCAGCAACUCUCCAGCAUUUAAGCUUAACGAAUUCAAUCAACAAAGAAUUGCUAAAAUAGAAAGCGAACUUAGUUAACUCACACUCAAUUAUAACUUAGCUACAGGUUAACUCAAUGAAGAAAAGAAACAAAAAAAGCUUCUGAGUGAGAAAGUAAAUCAACUUAAAUUAGAAAACGAUAGGCUCUUAGAUGAAAUAUAAGGUUUGAAAGAAGCUGAAAGUAGUAAUUAUUCUAAUCUCUGUUCUAAAUACGAACUAGCAAUGAGGCAAUUAGAGUAUGCAGAAAAACAACGCAAAUAAUUAGAGGAGGAAUUGUAGAUUAAAUCUGAUAACAAGGAUGUUAAAUUAGGAGGAAAUUCAUUAGAUAAUGAAGAUUUAGUAUAGUAAAUAAGAGUUUUGAAGUUAAAGAAUGAGCAAUUGGAAAAGAGAGAAAUGAAAAUUGUUGAAGAAAAGACUAGAUUAGAAUUACUUUACAAUGAUUUAUUGCAAGAAUAUAACUAAAUGAAAACAGAGUUCAGUGUAUAUAAAUCACACCACAAAUAUCCUGGAGAAGGUUAGACAAGUAGCAUGGGAUUAAGCAAUAAUAAUAAUAAUAAUAGAAUGAACUAUAAUUACACUUCUACUGAUUCUUUUAACAACAAUAAUAACAAUAAUAAUAGUAUUAGUGAUUAAUAAGAUGGAAUUAUUAAUUUAUAUAAAUAGUAAACAGAAAGCCUUAAGAAAUAAAUCUAAGAUUUAGAAAUAGCCAUUCAAAGGUCUGAAGAGAAGGAGAAGGAAAAUAAGAAAAAAAUGGUUAUUUUAGAAAAAGAGAAAGAAAAUCUUUAGCAAAAUGCAAAAUACAUGACUAACUUAAUUGAUGACUUAGAGUUUAAAGCCAAAGAAGUUGAAGACAGGUACAGAACAGAUGUGAUCGACUUGUAAUAGAAAAAUUUAGAACUUCAAGGCAGAGUUUAUGCUCUCGAAAAGGAAAACAAUACUCAAAGAGAUGAAAUUCAAAACAGCGAAUAUCUCAAAGAAAAAAUUGAAAUCAUUUCUAAAGUUAACCAAAAAUUUGAACUCGACAUUAAGCAAUUAAAGUUAAAAAAUUAAGAAGAAAUGCAACAAAUGAAAUAAGAUUUAGAAAAUUAUGAAUCUUUGAAGUUAUCCUUUGAAAGGAGAAUAGAGGAAUAUGAGCAUGAUAAUAAGAUUUUGCAAAAAACUAACGAAGACAAGGAUAACAUAAUUAAGAAGCUGAGUGAUGAGAAUGAAGAUUUAGACCACCGUUGCUAAUUACUUAUGUCUGAGAAUUCAAAGAUUAACGAGCUUAACAGAAAGUAUGGCAUUGAAAUAGAGAGAGUCAUAGCAUAGCUCAAUGCUUCAAAGGAGUAGACAGACUGGGCCGAAGGAAAAUUCAAGGAAAUAUUAAAAGAAAAAGAAUAAUUGUAGAAAGAAUUGAAUAUACUUGAGAUUCAAACCAAGCACACUGAUGUUAUAGAUGCAUAGGUGAUUGAAGAGCUAAAUGAACUAAGAGAGUAAAUGAGAAGAUUCAGUUUUGAGAAAGAAAGAAUUUAUUAUCAACUUAAAAUUGAAGAAGAAAAUGAUCUCACCUCAGUUUCUUAGAAAACAGACAUGAUUAGAUUUAUGAAGCAAAUAGAACUCAAGUUUAAGACCAUCUAAAAUGACACUUCAAUCGAAAUCAGCCAACUUAAAAAUGAACUUAAUAAUACAAAAAGAGAGCUUGAAAUACAAAUUUAAUAAUAUGCUGAUUUGAAGAUCAUUGUAGACAAAAAAGAAUAAGAUUAUUUGAAAAUUGCUGAAGAAAAGAGAAUUUAAAAUAAUGAUUUGACGAAACAAAGGGAAUAAUAUGCAGAUAUUUAGAGAUAAGUUGAAUAACUGAAUGCUUAAAAAUAAUUGGAAGAUAAGUAAAAAUUAGAUUUGAUAGCAUAGCUAUAAUAGGAAAUACAGAAAUAAGAAGAAGCUGUUAAUGUGAUGAGAGAAGAAAUGAUGAAUUAGAAUAAAGUGUUUAAAGAAGUAAAAAAUUCAUAAGAAAGUGCUAUGCAGAAUAUGAAAUAGAAGUUUGUUGGUGAUCUGAAUGAGAUUUACUAGAAAUUCAACACUUAUAUGAACUAAGCAUAAUCUGAGUCAUCUAAAAAGACAGGAACCACAAACAUAAGAGACGAUAAAAAGUAUAUUUAGAGACUCUUUGAAACAUAUGCUGAAAAUGUUAAUGUUGUUUCUCAUAAAGAGGCUCUUAUUAAGAAGCUUUAAGAUAAGGAAAAGAAAAUGUAGGAAAAAGAAAAGACAUUGCUUAAAGAAAUAGAGAGAUUAAAUGAAAUUAAUAAGAAAUAUUCUGAAGACUUCUAGUAAAUGCAGAAAAAAGGAUACACUCUUUCUAUUGGAUCUAAGAGACAAAUUGUUCCUGGAUCAAAAUCAGCUGUGAACACUUUCAACGUUCUAAAUGAAACAAAUAUUUCUAAAAAUCCUAACAAGACAAAUAAUUAAAAUAACAACUACUCAUAAAAUGAUAUUUCUGUGUCUUUCAUCAAUCAAAAUGAUGAGUCUACCACCAAAAAUACUCUCAAAUUAAAGGACAUAGCAACAUUAGAAGCCUAACUUUUCACCACAAAAACAAACUUAGAAUAGUCCAAAGAAGAAGUAGCAUUUUUGAAAGACUACACUAAAGAUUUGAAAGAAGAUCUUGAAAAAUUGUAGAAGAAAGAAGAAGAGCUCUUGGAAGAAAAUAGAUCAUUGCAAAUUAAACUUAGUGAUCAAAUAAGAUAGAACAAGUCUGAUAAAGAGAAGUAUUUAGCUGAUAUUGAACUAGUCAAGACAUAAUACUUUACACCUGAGAAUUAUUAAGAAAAAGUCUAAUAAUUAGAGUUGAAGGAUAAAUAAAUUAAAGAAUUGAAGGAUGAAAUCAAUAGGAAGAAAGACUUGGUCCAAAGCGUUAAGUAAUUAAAGGAAGAGCAGUCUUAUGAUAUGAAGACACUCUAGGUGGAAAUAGAGAGAUUGUAAAAAGAACUAGAGAAAUAUAAAAUUAGAGCAAAUAAGGCUACUUAGUAGAUGAGCGGACCUACAAAGGAAAUGAAAAGCUAAGUUGAAAGCUUAAAAGAAGUUGAGAAAAAACUGACUAAAGAAAAUGAAGAGCUUCUUGAUCAGUAGAAAAAAUUGAAGGCUGAGUUGACUAGAGCCAAUGCAACAAUUAAAGAACUCAGAAAUAAAACUGAGUAGCAGCAAUUAAAUAGUGAGUAACUAAAUGAAAACAAUGAACAGUUAGAAAAAUCAAAAGAAUAAUUAAAAAAAUUAAAGAGCGAAGUUGACAGAAAAGAUACUUCAAUUAAAUCACUCAAAAAUAAAUUAGAAAGCGCUACAGCAGAGCUAGAAGAGCUAAAAGGAAAUUCAAAGAAUUUUGUAACUAAAAAUGACUAUUUAUCUGAAUAAAAGAAAUCUGACUAAGCCAAGGCUCAAUUAAAGAAAUCAGAAGCCUAAAUUAGCAUGCUUGUCUUUUUACUUAAAAGAAUAUUUAGAGAUAACUUUGUUAAUCUCCAAAAAGCAAAGGCUUCUUCUAGACCUUUAACAAGCUCAGAUUUUGCAACUCAACCAACAAGAUCGUAACAGCCCGCUGCCUUUAAUAAAUUUUCUGAAUCAGUUAAUAUUCUUGGUCUUUCUCCAGAAGAAAUAGAUUAAUUCUUAGAUCCAUACUAAUCAAGCUAUAAAAAUGUGCAGUCUUCUUAGCAUAACUAUAAUAUAUCUCAUGCAACUGAAUUCUAUUCAGAUUUAAUGGACAGAUUUGAGAGAGAGCUAGAAAAUAUAGAUGAAAAUAUAAAUGUUAAUUCCUUAUAUUAAAUGCUGUAUUCAGUAAUAGAAGAAAGAGUUGAACUAGUCAAAAGCUAUAAAGUAUGA